UUUUCGCGAGUCGGUGCCUGUCACUGCAGAGAUUCGCCGAUCCAGAAUUAUUAUACCCCGGCCAAAGAUCCGUGCCAUUUCCCCAUAAUAUUUACCCUGUUAUUUAUACACUAGCACCGAGUCGCUUAUAGUUUAGCAGCUUUUAGUGGCGGUUUUAAUUCGUAUUUGUCAAUUUCACCCCUUCGAUUGUGUACUUUAUUGAAUAGAAACACUUGGAGCAACCGUAGAUUUAUUCUUGUUGAAAAUGCUUGUAAGUGAAGGGGUGCAGACUAGCAGGGCGUUAGAAAAGAAAUAUUUAGAUGAAAGGGUGGCGAGAGAAGGGAUGGAGCUGCUAAAAAGGCAAAAAGAAGAAGCUAGAAGGAGGAAACUUCAAGAGCAGCAGGAGAUGAAAGAGAUGCUGGAACGUUAUUGGCCCUGGGGCAAAGCCAACGAUAUAAAACCCAGAGGACUGCGUAAUCUGAGACUCGAAGAGUUGUAUCCCAAUAAAGACUAUCAAAACGCCAAAAGGUUUACAGGUACGUUGGACCUCGGCCGUCCAGGCUGUGGAGCUCCCAUAGUAAGAGAUGGUCAGAAAGUUACCAGAACAAAAGAAGAUCCUGCCCUAAGAUUCCAACUGGGCAGCAAAGAUCUACGAAGAGCAGUAGACAACGGCUUCAGGUAUAAGACUAAUAAGCAGGAACAAAUGGAGUAUAAGAAGGAAUUAGAUAAAAUGGUGGAAGAAAAAAAGCAGAAACAACUAAAAGAGAAACAAGAAGAACAGGAAUUUGAAAAGAAACAGGGUUGGUCUAAUGAGUAUACUUUGAGAAAAAUGGAAGAGGAGGCUCGCAUACAAAGAUACUUAGACAAAAGGACUUAUGAUAAUUUCAAGAAAUGCAAAGUGAUCCCGCCAAACAGGAUGGUAAAGCUGGAACCGAUCGUGAAUCCGUCAAAUACCAAAAGGAUUCCUGGUAAAAAUCAGAAACUCGCGCCGCUUUCUGAUAAUAAGGAAAACGGUCUGGAGUUGGUGGAUUUGUUGGCAAAGGAUCGACGUACUCCGACACGUGCGCCGCUGUGUAGCACUGACGUCACUAAGGAGAAAGAAGCAGGAAAAACGUGUAUUUGGAACAGAAAAGGUUCAUCUUACCUCAAAGAAUUGACGCAACAAAUGAUGUCGAAGCAGCAACAGAUACAGGAACAAAGAGUGCAAGAAGAAGAAAACUCACGUCGUCAUUAUUCCACAUGGACGUCGUUCUGGGGAAAACCUGGAAAUGGUGCUCCACGGUCCGCCAUUAAAAAAGCCGCCAUCGAUCGGCUCUUGUACCCCCAAAUGGUGCCCAUUGGAGUCGCAUAAGUUGCCAAAUUUUAUUAUAUUAAUAAUUUUCUUAUAACUGUGACGUAUUUAGUAUACAUAGAAACGUCUAUUGGUUUUAGGAACUUUUUUGACGCAUAUCGUACCAUCUUUUUAAUGUUACAUUAUGGUGUUUUUAACAAAGUUAAUAUUAACAAACUUUAGAUGAUUAGAGUUUAGAAACUAUUGCAGGUACUGAAGUAAUGUAAAAUUUCGAAAAUAUAGUAGA